ACAAACACCUGUCCUUGUUUUGCAAUGGCUUCCAACUCUAUCAUCCCAUACACUACUUCUUCUUCAUCUCAGACUUAUGAAGUUUUCGUGAGCUUCAGAGGUGACACUCGCAACAACUUCUCUGACCAUCUUUUUGGGGCUCUCGGCAGAAAAGGCAUUCAUUUCUUCAGGGAUGAUACGAAGCUUAAGAAAGGGAAACUUAUAUUACCUGAACUCCUGCAAGCUAUUGAUGGGUCUCAGAUUUUGGUUGUUGUCUUCUCAGAGGAGUAUGCUUCCUCGAAAUGGUGCUUGCGAGAACUUGAAAGGAUUGCCGAUUACGUUGACAAUGACGUCUCCGGAAAGCACGUUCUGCCGAUUUUUUACAGAGUUGAUCCAUCAGACGUGCGAAAUCAGAGUGGGCAAUACAAAGAAGCCUUUGAUGAAUACGAACAAAUAUUCAAAGAAGAUGAAGAGAAGAAGAAGGAAGUGCAAAGAUGGAGAGGAGCUCUGGCACGAGUGGGCUAUCUCUCUGGUUGGCACAUUACAAAUGAGUAAGUAGUUAGUAUUCUCUCGUUUCAUAUUCUAUGGAUCUGAAUUGAUUACAUACAUAUUUGUUAUAUUUUCACUAUUCCUUAAUCACUCGGUUUUCUUGAAUUUACUAUCCCUUAAUUUGCAGGUCAGAACAUUCAAUGAUUGAAAUUAUUGUUAAAGACAUACUAAAAAAAUUGAGUCAGAGUAUUUCAAUGCUUCCAAAUCAAGAUUUAGUUGGAAUGGAAUCUCGUGUUGAAAAGAUAGAAGAGCUUCUAUGUUUGGACUCAGUUAAUGAUGUUGGUGUUGUCGGAAUUUGCGGGAUGCCUGGAAUAGGAAAGACGGAACUUGGUCAUGCUUUAUACAGAAGAAUUUCUCAUCAGUAUGAUUUUCGUUGUUAUAUUGAUGAUGUAAGCAAAAUUUUUCGAUACUCUAGUACAUUAGGUCUUCAAAAACAGCUACUUCGACAAGUCCUAAAUGACCAAAAUCUAGAUAUCUACAAUGUUCCUGCAGGAACCGAUUUGGUACAGAGAAGGCUGCGCCACACAAGGGCACUUAUAAUUCUUGAUAAUGUUGAUAAUAUUGAUCAGCUGAAUAAAUUGGCUUUGAAACCUAAUCAGCUAUGUGCAGGGACUAGAAUUAUCAUAAUUUCUAUUGAUGAACAUAUUUUGAGGGCGUAUAAAGUGAAUCGUGUUUACCGAGUGCAGCCUUUGACUUGGGACAAUGCUAUUCAAUUGUUUUGCAAACAUGCUUUCAAAGAUAAUUAUAUUAUGAGUGAGUUUGAAAAGUUGAAAUAUGAUGUAUUAUCAUAUGCUGAUGGCCAUCCACUAGCAAUUAAAGUGUUGGGCUCUUUUUUGUCUGAUAAAGAUGUGUCGCAGUGGAGACGUGCAAUAGCUAUGCUAAGAGAAAGUCCAGAUGAAGACGUUAUGAAGGUGUUACGAAUAAGUUUUGAUGGGCUGAAGCCAAUACAAAAGGAAAUAUUUCUUGACAUUGCUUGUUUUUUCAGGGACGGUCAUGAAAAGUACUAUGUGGAGGAAGUUCUUAAUUUUCGUGGAUUUUAUCCUGAAAUUAACCUAAAAGUUCUCGUCCAAAAGUCACUUAUAACCAUUAAGAGCGGGUUAAUUUAUAUGCCGACACUGUUGAGCGAAUUAGGAAGGUGUAUUGUUCGAGAAAAAUCACCUAAGAAGCCAAGAAAGUGGAGUAGGUUGUGGGAUUACCAAGAUUUGAGGAAGGUUAUGUUGGACUAUAAGGUAAGAUAGUUUUUGAGUAUAGAAGUACCCUUGGUUGGCUUUUCUUAUAUAAUCUUCAAGUACUUGAAAGGAUCUAAGUUUUUCUUUGUUCCUUGCAAUGUUGUAGGCUGCAGAAAAUCUUGAAGCCAUAGAAGUACAUGUUGAAGAUGAAAUCGAUUUUCAAGGAAAAACAAUCCCGGUCGAUGCUCUAUCAAAAAUGCGUCACCUUAAGUUGCUCCAAUUUAGUCCCGUGGAUUUUUGCGGAAGGCUUGAUUUUCUUUCCAAUGAAUUAAGAUAUCUUAGUUGGUGUAUAUAUCCUUUUGAUUAUUUGCCAUCAAAUUUUCAGCCAGACAACCUUGUUGGGUUGAUCCUGAAUGACAGUCGCAUUAAGAAAUUGUGGAAAGACACAAAGGUAUUGUAUAUAACUAUUCUUUUUUUAUUUUAGUUUCUUUAAAAAAACGAAAAGAAGGGAAACUAUCGUAUGUUAUUUCCUGUUUCUCUGAUUAAUGAAAGAAAGAAAAGGACGGUGAAGUAUUAUUAUUAAUUUUGUCUCCCACUGUUGGCCCUUCCCUUCAGCCUCUACCCAAUUUGAGACUUUUGGAUCUCUACCGCUCGGAAAGUCUCAUCGAGUUACCACAUUUUGGAGAGGCCCCAAAUCUUGAGCGGCUAUGUCUCAAAGGAUGUAUACAGCUCAGGCAGAUCGAUGCAUCUAUAGGUCUUCUAAAAAAGCUCACUGAAUUGGAUUUGAGAGAAUGUGAAAAUCUCAUAAGCGUGCCCAGCAGCAUACUGGGCCUCAAUUCUCUUGAAUAUCUGAGUCUCUCUGGUUGUUCAAAACUGCGUAUGCUUUUAGACGAACCAAGGGAUGGAGAGCAUUUGAAGAAGCUUUGUAGAGGUGAAGCUCCUAUUCAUUCCCUAUCAGCAUCCUCCAUACUUCCAGAAGAUUUGUGUAGUAUCUCACGUAUGCGUGAACUUGAUCUAAGUUACUGCAGUUUACGUCAAAUCCCUGAUACUAUUGGAAAUUUACAUUGCUUAGAAUGGCUAAAUUUAAGGGGAAACAAAUUUGGCACACUACCGAGCCUGAAGGAGCUUUCCAAACUGUAUUAUAUAAACUUGGCGAGUUGCAAGCAGUUGAAAUGUUUGCCUGAGCUACCUUCACGAACUCACUUGUCAUCAGAAAUUUACCUGUCGCCAUUUCGAGAUGUCAUCGGAAGCCGAGGAAUAAACAUUUUCGACUGCCCAGAAUUAGUUGACAGGGAAGGGUGCAGUAGCAUGUGUUUUUCAUGGAUGAUGCAAAUUGUUAAGGUGUGCACACUCCUUCCUUUCUUAACCCAUCUCUAUCUCUUUUGGUUUGUGUAGGAACUAAGUUAUAGCUGUGCUUCUGCUACUAGGCCCACCAUCAAUACCCACGUUUUAGCCCUUUGCGUAAGCCUUGUGUUGAAAGUGUUAUUCAAGGAAGCGAAAUACCAAGGUGGUUCAACAAUCAGCAUGAGGGGAUGGGCAAUUUAAUGAUCAUAGACACACCUCCGCUUAUUCAGCAUGACAAUAAUUGGAUUGGCAUUGCGUGUUGUGUAAUAUUCAGGUUUCAUGACCGAAUGAUAACAACUUUGCCGAUUUUUCCUCUGAGAACAGAACCACUACAUACUCUGGGUGUUGAGAUUCCAUGGGUACCUUUCAAUGAAGAAGAUAUGAAGACAUCAGAUCGCAUCUGGCUAUUCUAUUUCACUCGACAACAACUAAUCAGCCAAUGUUGCGUGGGCCGCAUGCCUGAUCGUGCUGACUUCAAAUUCAAAUUUGAAAUACGACGCACACCAUUAUUUGAGAGUAGGGUGAAGGAAUAUGGGUAUCGUUGGGUGUACGAGGAGGAUGUAAAACAUUCCAACGUCACAACGAUGCACAGCGGAGACUUGUUGCCUCAGAAACGAAAAGCUUUUGGCAAUUGAAGAAAAUAAGUAGCAGUCAGUCCAAUCCUCUCUUCAUAGGUUCCAAUCAUGGCAGAGUGAAUUCCACUCCGAAAAGGUUAGAAUAAAUCCUCAUUCUCUUUCUUUUUACUUUUCUAAAUCAGCUGCUCAUCCUUCACACUCUUUCUCACCUGCCAUUUUAUUUUUCAAUAUACCUUUGCACGUUCUUUUCCUUAGUGGAGCCUGACAAUUUGUUAGUUCCAGUAAUAACAGUGAAAUUGCUGAAAUGGAAUUUUCCGAAGCUGAAGAAAACUUCAAUUUUAUUGCCAGAAAUAUUAUAUCAGACAUUUUUUUUAUUAUUUAAUUAUGUAAAUCCACGUAUCAAUUAAUACAAAUAUAAUUUUGUAUUUACCUAAAUGUGAAACAUUAGAUGCAAAUGACAACGUAUGACUAUGUCUGAACUUAACAAGAGAAAUUGUAUUCAUACAUCCUUUUUAUACUUUUUUUUCAAAUAAUAAAGAGAUCAGAAGAAAGCGAGAUAAAUACAAAAUAUGA